AGGUGAGGAUGCGGCUGGGCGGGCGCUCCCGCGUCGGCGGCGCUGCUGCUGGUGGCCGCCGGGGCUAAGGUCGCUGCCAUGGCUGUGCCGGGCGCCGGGGCGGCGGCGUCCGCCGGUGGCAGCGGGGCUCCGUGCCCGCUGUGGACGGCGCUGUACGACUACGAGGCGAGUGGCGAGGACGAGCUGAGCCUGCGGCGAGGGGACGUGGUGGAGGUGCUGUCGCAGGACGCGGCGGUGUCCGGCGACGACGGCUGGUGGGCGGGGAAGAUCCGCCACCGCCUCGGCAUCUUCCCGGCCAACUACGUGACCCGCCAGCCCCGCGGUGGAGCGGCGGCGGGGGGCGGCGGGCGGGGGGACCCUGCGGGGAGCCUAACGGAGAUCGACUUCCAGCACCUGGAGCUGCAGGAGAUCAUCGGCGUGGGGGGCUUCGGGAAGGUGUACCGGGCCACCUGGCGGGGCCGCGAGGUGGCCGUGAAGGCGGCACGGCAGGACCCCGACGAGGACAUCACGGCCACGGCGGAGAGCGUGCGGCAGGAGGCCAAGCUCUUCUCCAUGCUGCGGCACCCCAACAUCAUUGCCCUGCACGGGGUCUGCCUGCGGGAGCCCAACCUGUGCCUCGUCAUGGAGUUCGCCCGCGGCGGAUCCCUCAACAGGGCCCUGGCCGCCGCCCCCGGGGCCGCGGCCGCCCGCGGGGGCCGCCGCAUCCCCCCGCACAUCUUGGUGAACUGGGCGGUGCAGAUCGCCCGCGGCAUGCUCUACCUGCACGACGAGGCCAUCGUCCCCAUCCUGCACCGGGACCUCAAGUCGAGCAACAUUUUAUUGCUGGAGAAGAUGGAGCAUGAUGACAUUUGUAAUAAAACUCUGAAGAUUACAGACUUUGGUCUGGCUAGAGAGUGGCACAGAACAACCAAAAUGAGUGCAGCAGGAACUUAUGCAUGGAUGGCUCCAGAAGUUAUCAAGUCCUCCAUGUUUUCUAAAGGAAGUGAUAUUUGGAGCUAUGGAGUGUUGCUGUGGGAACUGCUUACAGGAGAGGUUCCUUACCGUGGCAUUGAUGGCCUUGCUGUGGCUUAUGGAGUAGCUGUCAAUAAGCUUACUUUGCCCAUCCCAUCCACCUGCCCUGAACCAUUUGCAAAACUAAUGAAAGAAUGCUGGGAGCAGGACCCUCAUAUCCGACCAUCGUUUGCCUUAAUUCUUGAACAGCUUACUGCCAUUGAAGGGGCAGUUAUGACUGAAAUGCCUCAAGAGUCUUUCCACUCCAUGCAAGAUGACUGGAAAUUGGAAAUUCAGCAGAUAUUUAAUGAAUUGAGAACAAAGGAAAAAGAGCUUCGAUCCCGAGAAGAGGAGUUGACAAGAGCAGCUCUUCAGCAAAAAUCUCAAGAAGAAUUACUGAAGCGCCGUGAGCAGCAGUUAGCGGAACGCGAGAUCGAUGUACUGGAGCGCGAGCUGAAUAUCAUGAUAUUCCAGUUAAACCAAGAGAAACCCAAUGUCAAGAAGAGGAAGGGCAAGUUUAAAAGAAGCCGGUUAAAACUCAAAGAUGGACACAGAAUUAGUUUGCCUUCAGAUUUCCAGCACAAAAUAACAGUGCAGGCAUCCCCCAAUCUGGAUAAGAGGAGGAGUUUAAACAGUAACAGCUCUAGUCCAUCAAGUAGCCCCACAAUAAUUCCUCGUCUUCGAGCUAUACAAUUAACUUCAGAUGAAAGCAACAGAACUUGGGGAAGGAGCACAACAUAUCACCAAGAAGAGUUUGAAGAUGUAAAGAGAAAUUUCAAAAAGAAAGGUUGUACAUGGGGACCAAGUUCAGUUCAAACAAAGGAUCGUGCAGAUUGUAAGGACAAAGUAAGACCCCUUUCAGAUGGCAGCAACCCUUGGUCAACUGUUUUAAUGAAAAAUCAGAAGGGUGUGCCCUUAGCUUCAUUAUUUGUGGACCAAGGUGCCAGUACUGAUAAGAAACUUACCCCUGAAGGUUUGGACGGUAAAAGACCAAAGCCAAUUAAGUUGCCCAAUCAGGCCUAUAUUAAUCUACCUCUUUGGAAAGAUGAUCAGGGAGAGAACACAGUAGAACACGAGAGCUUUGAAGAAGGAACCUCAGCUAGUUCUACAAACAGUACUCCUCAAAUGACACCUACCAACAGUCUGAGCAGGACGCUGCACAAAAAGAAGACUGAUUCAGUGCUGUAUGGAUGUGCUGUCCUCCUUGCAUCCGUUGCCCUGGGCUUAGAUAUCAGAGAGCUGAACAAAUCACAGGGUCCAGAUGAACUCUUGCCUAAAGAUGAGAGGAAGAAGCGUGAUGGAAUAUUUCAGCGUGCUUCAAAAUUCCGCAGGAGUGCCAGCCCUACACGACUGCAGUACAAGAAAGAGGAAACAAGUGUUCCAUCCCUAAAUCCAGCCUCAGACACUGUGAAUCUGCUCUCUAUGCCCUCCAUUUCUACAAAAUGCCUGCUUCAACCUGAUAGUGAAGAUGCUUUUGUAAGCACUGUGCUCGGUGAUUGUGGUCAAUGUAGUUCCAUGGACAACCUUUCAUCCCAAACCUCUGAAAGUAAGAGAGAACAAAGGAUACAGCUGGUUCCUAACACAGUUUCAACACAAUUGAAAAAUCAGCCUUUUAGUCUUGGUCUGAAACAAGAGUCUCAAAUUGUGCCAAAAGAUUCCUCCACAAAAUUAAGUAUGUUUGGUCACAGACGAACCUUAUCAGAUGGGAGCCAUUUUCAGACCACAGCUAAUGGAGUUGCUUCAACCAGUGAUGUCUCCAGACUCCCGGUCCUGUCAGUUCCUGGAACUCUGCCCUCCCCAUCUUUUCAACAAAGAAGCAAUCACAGUGGUGUUUCAAAUGAAAAGCAAAGUGCUGUCAGUGCUAUCUCAAGGCCUAGACCUUCUUCUCUAAGAAGUAAAAUCGAUGCAUGGCAGAUUAUUCCACGUAUUAUUAAACCAAACUCUAAAGACUCUGAAUGUUCAGAGGGCAAUGCACACCCAGAUGUUAACUUCUUGCCAGAUACUGAGGAAAGAACUAACUGCCACAUGCCCUCAUUACUUGAUAUUGAUGUGGAAGGUCAAAACAGAGACUGCACUGUGCCUUUAUGCAGAAUGAAGAGCAAAACUUGUCGGCCAUCUAUAUAUGAACUGGAGAGAGAGUUUCUGUCCUGAGUGCCUUGCGUUUUAAAAAUGUUUGCUUCAUAAAGGGGAACAAAUGUAAAAUUCUUGUCUGUCUAACACUUUGUGCUGCUGUUUUCUGAUGUACUGUGACAAAUAGUACCAAAAUUAUUAAAAUGGGCAGCUAAUUAAGUGUAGUAGGUGCCUUUUUCAAAUGUUCCUUGGAAUCCCAGCUAGUAACUCUAAAAGCACAAUGCUGCAAAAUCAUGUUCUAGGUGAACUUCGUAAGUAUAUUUUGAAUGAUUAAAAUAAAAUGCCCACCUCCCUCUGCUGUGUCACAGAAGUUUUCUUUAGGUUUGAGAGGUUUUGCUAGAAAUUUAAUUUUCACACAUUAAAAGAAUGAAUGACAUAUAGAGCAAGGUUGUGUUCUGUCAAGGAGAGUUUCACCUAAGAAGUGGUGGUCUGCAGCUUGCCUCUGUGGCUUGUAGGUUCAGGGAGAGGGACAAGGAGUUUUGAGGUGCAGGUACAGGAGGCUCUGUUCACUCCUCAUAAAGGAAGUGUUUGCUUGCAGGCAUUUGAUACUGAAAUUGGUUAAGAACCAGGAGCUAAAUUUGUAAUUUUUGCCCUUGGUUAUUGUGAGAACUUUCUUAGUUUCUCCAGGAAGUUACACUGCUCGUAUAAACAUUUCAGUUUCAGCCACCAUAUCGAUUUGAGAGGGUAAACUUCAGUAUUGCUAUUAGAGUAAAGGUAUUUGACAUACCUUGUAAUGUGAAACAACAUUCCUUGUAGGUAAGGAUACACUGGAACGUAAAUAUUUGUACUCUUAACCUUUUGAAGACUACAGUGUUUGCACUGAAAGCAAUAUUCUUGAGUUUGAAUUUUUUGUUUGUGGUGAAGGGGUUUGUCCUCUUUCUUGUUUUUUAAACUCUGCUGCACCUUGUAUUGAAGAAAGUUGGUGGGUUUUAAGGAUAAUUGGUUUUAAGUGAGCCAAUGGUGCAUUUUAUUGCACUUAAUUUUAAAACUCCUAUAUUUUAAUAUGAAAUUUUUCAGUAUAAUCUCUGUAGCUUUUCUUCCUAAGGUACUACUGAGUGCCUGCUUACUCAAAUUUAGGAAUCAAAGGACAGAAACAGAUGUGCUUGACUGGUUUUCAGUGAGAGAAAGUUUCCAGAAAAUUGCCAGUAGUUAAUUGUGGGGGGAGGAACAUUUAGCUUUGAUAACACUGGUAGUUUAAUUUUUUACAGUAUCACUAAGUGAAUGAUUAAAUAAAACCAAAUGUACAGUAUACUUUCCCUGAUGAAAGCAUUUUUUAGAUUUAAAGGAACAUCCCUCAUUUUCCAGUAUUUGAAGUCUUAAUUUUGCAGCUCAUUUGACAUUUAAAUGGUUUUCAUGAAUAAAAUUAGAUAAUGUUAGACUAAAAAUACUGUGUUCCCAUCCGAAUGCUGUUUUGUUAAGACUCGUAUUUAAAUCUUUUCCUCUCCUUUACUCUGGGGUCUGAGAGUUUAGAUAGAAUACACAGUUGCUAAAAGUUUCAAAUCCAAGGGAUUAAAAAAGAACGUUUCUGUUCUAAGACUGUAUGCACUACAGUGUCCACCUUGAAGAUGACAUACAGUUAUACAAACAAAAUCAUGAAGUCUAUCACACGGAGCAGAACCCAGAAAAUGUAACUUCCCACCUCUCAAAGUGAAAACAGAAAAUAAUUUCCUUAAAGUAUUAGUUUACCAAAAGUAAAGAACCACUAGCUGUCUGUAAAUCUAAAUGUUUGCAUAGCAGAUUGUUAGUGCAUUUUCUUCAAACCUGUUUCUGUCGCUGUAUUCCUAGUUUUCUGUCAACAUGAUUCAAGUCACAUACUGUUAUUUGUCUUCUGUUUCAACUUUAAUUUCAUCAGAACACUUUAAUAGAUUGUCUGUUCCAGUUUUAAUACAAAAUGUUUUUGUAAAAUAAAGGCAUUAAUCAAAUAUUAAGUAUAGAUUAACAGCACAUUUACCUUUAAGGCUUAAUUAGAGUUUUUGAGCAUUAUAUAUAUUUCAACUCUUUCUUUAUCAAUUAUUCCUGUGUGUAAUACUGAGAGAAAAGGAGCUGAUUGUAUUACAUAUUUCUGAAGAAAGUAUCUCUGUUUGGCUUUCUACAGGAAAAUCUCAGGUGCUGAAGUAUUUUGACUUGUAAACUUCUGUUAAGUUCUGUAUUUUUAAGGUUUAUAUAAUUUCAAGUGUUGAAUUUUGCACCCUGUGUUUUGUAAUCAAUAGUAUCAGCAUAAAGAGCUCUUUGAGCUAUAUUGUUUUCAUUUAUUAGUGACUUAUCUCUCUUGUAAUUAAACAGAUUUCUAUUCCUAUUCAAUGAACAAUUUCCCAUAAGAUUGGGACAUAUGAUAUGGCCAGCCCAGUGCAUUCUAAGUAAUUCAGGAGUUUGUAUUCCAUCUCUUAUUCUGAGACAGUUUGGGCAAGCCAUCUCAAAUAUUUCUCUGAUGCGAUGCAGUUUUUUUAAGCUAUAGUCUGUAGUGCUUUAUAAUUGUCUUUAUAGUUUAAAAUUAUAGGCCAGUCUUCACUGUAAUUAAGAAGAAAAAACAAUUCUUUCAAUCAUGGUUUUAGUCUAUAAUUCAUGUAUCACCAGAGAAAUUUUCUAUAAAGGUACAGAAAUCUGGUAUGCAUUAAGUGACCUGUCUUGGUUGAAAGGAUAUUUAUUUCAAUGUAGGUUGAUAGCCUGACCAAAUAAUAAUUUAUGUUGAUUGUUUUAGCAUAAAACUGAAGGUGCUUACACUACAAAGAUUGAGAUAAACACUUGAUAUGCUGUUUUACAAAACCUGAUGAUUUAAAUGUUUUUAUUUAAAAAAUAAAUGUUUUGUAGCUACUGUAUUGCAAAGUGACCUGAAUUUUCUUGAAAAAAUACAUUUUAAUGUUUUCUUAACAUGUACAGAGUUCUCUGGUGAAUAACCAGGAGCUAUAGACUAUGGCCAGCCUGUUCUUGGAAGAUUGUAAUAUAAUUGUUAAGAUUAAGAAUCCAGUACAGUAACAUGAGCAUUCCUGUAAUAUCUUGCACUUGAUGUGGGCAGAAACAUUUAGCAUAAGCUUCUUUUUUUCCUUUGAUGUGACCAUAAUAUUCUUUUGAUGCUUUUUACAAUAUUGGCUGAGUUUCUUAGAGGAGAUAAAGUAGUGGAUACAAAUAAACUCAGCAUCAAGAAUACAGGUAAGUAAUAACAUCCUUCUGUUGUGGGGUUUUUGUUGAGAGGUUGGUUCU